AUGAAGCCGCGUCGGGCCCUGACUGGGCUUCUUUUCUCGACUUGCCUGGCGGCAAGACUUCCUACCAUACCGAGCCCUGAUAAUAACCAAGUUGCUUCUAUUGAAGUCGACGUCAAAGGCUCUAGAAAUACUUCAGCCGCACAACAGAAUGCCCCUGGCAACUUGGUCCGCCUCUCACACUACCAGACAGAAAAUGUCCAGACCUACGAAUAUGAUAGUUCAGCGGGCCAAGGCAUUACUGUUUACGUUCUUGACGGGGGCAUUCGACUGACGCACGAAGAGUUCGAAGGGCGUGCUACCUUUGGCGCAGGGUUCGCUUCUCAUCAAGGGGAAGGGGACAGCAAUGGCCACGGGACCCAUGUUGCCGCUAUUAUCGGAGGUGCCAAGUACGGAGUUGCCAAGCAGGUGCAGAUCGUUUCUGUUAAACUACAGCCCAGGGAGCCCCAGCUGGAAAAAGCUUUAGACUUUGUUCUCAAGGACGUUCAGCAUAGAAAUAUUACAGGUAAAGCUAUUAUUAGCAUGUCUAUGUCUUUUCCCGCAUCGGAUGAUAUCGAUAAAAUGUUCAGGCGCCUUGUAAAUUCGGGAAUCGUAUGCGUCGUUAGUGCUGGCAAUAACAAUUGGGAUGCGAGCAAAAAUUCUCCCAGCAGGGACCCUGGCGUUAUUACGGUGGCGGCAAUGAACCAUAGGUCCGAUUCUCGUUGGGAGGAGUCAAGCUACGGUCCUGCAGUCGACUUAUACGCUCCUGGCGCCGACAUCACAAGUGCAAGUCGAGAUUCAGAUUCCGCCUCGGUAACACUCAGCGGCACCAGUCAAGCUGUUCCACACGUCGCCGGCUUAGCCGCGUACAUAAUGUCACUCGAGAGCAUCACCAAACCCAGCCAAGUUGCCGCCCGACUCAAAGACAUCGCAAAGCAGUCCGGGGCUCAGGUUCAGUGGAACGCACCGCAUACAACGGGCCUUAUUGCGAGCAAUGGGCUGGACAAGGGCGGACCGAGCUCUCUCUUCCCCCCCAAGAGAAUUCCAUGGACUCCUGAACCGAAAUAUUCGGACGAGUGUGGACCGGAGUAUAGUGAGAGGAAGUGUGGCAGUCAAAAAUAUUGUAAUGCUUUAGAUGAAGCACCCCGAGCACCGAAAACAGGGUUCUUCAAGAACGCCGAAGAGUGUUUCGACGCCCACGAGCCGGCGCCUAAGCUCCCGUGGAUCAAGGCCCCGAGCCUGAAAACCGGACCUGACUCUUGUGGAUACAGUUUCACGGGCAAUCCAGCGUGGGCAAUUUACGAUGAUGCCAGCUGUGGUACCCAAGUAUACUGUGAAGCGUUUGACAAGAUAAAGCCGAGACCCGACUUUUUAUUCGGGUUCAAGAAUACCAAGGCCUGUUUGGAGGCUCACGAUCCUCCGCCUUCCGGGUAA